GUUAAAUACUUUCUGACUCAGAAACUUAAGAAACCUUAGUCACAUGAGUCCACAUUUUUCCUUCAAAAGGAACCUGACAAAUAAAUCAAACCCAAACCACUUGGUUCAGUGCAUCCCUUCUUCACUAGUCCCUUUAGAUACUUCCCAGCUUUCACCUCAGAUAUCAAAGAACUCAAAACACAAUAGUAAUAAAAACCUAUGCUCAAAUUUCAGAACUCCUUUAAAAAUGGCCGCCAACAACAAAUUCAAGAAGUCCAAUUUGCCUUCUCAUUUUAACUUCUGCAUCACCCUUUUCUCCCUUCUCCUUUUCACCAUCCCAGCUUAUUUCCUCAUUCAAAACUCCACCACUAUCUCCAAAUGCACCCCUUUUACCAAGGCCUGGUCUGGUGAUCUCCGUUUAGCCGAAUUUGCAUGGAACCACCUCCAAUUUCUUGAACACAAUCCUCCCCCCACACCUCUCAAAAUUGCUGUCUUCACCAGAAAAUGGCCUAUUGGAACAACCCCUGGUGGCAUGGAACGCCACGCGCACACCCUUCACACUGCAUUAGCAAACCGUGGCCAUAGAGUUCACAUCUUCACUUCUCCCCCACAAGAUACAAAAAAUCAACAAGCAGGGUCACCAUCACCAACUUCACCUCACAUCCAUUUCCAUGAAGGGGAGCCAGGUAAGUGGCGCUACAACAAAGCAUGGGAACAAUUUCUGGUUGAAAACCAGCUAGAACCUUUCGAUGUUGUUCACUCAGAAAGUGUGGCACUUCCUCACUGGCUCGCGCGUGAUCUCCCGAACCUUGCAGUAUCUUGGCAUGGCAUAGCACUGGAGAGCUUGCAAUCAAGCAUUUUCCAGGACUUGGCUCUUGGUUCUGAUGCGACAAGAUCCCCUGAUUUUGACAAAGGCUUACAAGGGGUUGUCCCUAAGAUUCUGAAUGAGAUACGGUUCUUCAGGAAAUACAGUCAUCAUGUUGCUAUCAGUGAUAGUGUUGGUGAGAUGCUAAGGGAUGUGUACCAAAUUCCAAGCAGAAGGGUCCAUGUGAUUCUCAAUGGUGUUGAUGGGGAAGAUUUCAAACAAGAUGUUGAGUUGGGAAAAGAGUUCAGAACCAAAAUUGGGAUCCCAAGCAAUGCUAGUUUAGUACUUGGUGUGGCUGGAAGAUUAGUGAGGGACAAAGGUCAUCCUCUGCUUUAUGAAGCAUACUCCAGGCUAAUAACAAAGCAUCCCAAUGUGUACUUGAUUGUAGCUGGCUCUGGACCAUGGGAGAAUCGGUACAAGGAUUUAGGGAACCAAGUUCUUGUUCUUGGAUCAAUGAAUCCUUCCAUGCUAAGAGGAUUCUAUAACGCGAUUGACAUUUUUGUGAAUCCUACACUUAGACCACAGGGGCUUGAUCUUACUCUGAUGGAGGCCAUGAUGAGUGGGAAGCCUCUUUUGGCAUCAAGGUUUCCAAGCAUUAAAGGUAGUAUUGUGGUUGAUGAUGAAUUUGGUUUCAUGUUCUCUCCCAAUGUGGAGUCCCUAUUGGAGGGACUGGAAGCAGUGGUUAAGGAAGGGCAAGAGAGGCUAGGAAGGAGAGGGAAGGCAUGCCGUGAAUAUGCAACUUCGAUGUUUACAGCAACAAAGAUGGCAUUAGCAUAUGAGAGGCUAUUCCUCUGCAUAAAACAUGAUGCAUUUUGUACCUAUCCUUGAGGUUUAUGCCAUAGAUACAAUUCUUUCUUUUUUCUAUAGUUUUCUUUUGUGUUUUUUUUUCAUUCACUGUGAUAUGAUCACAUGGUUCUAUGAACAUUUUCAACAACAAUGUAUCAAUGUGAUAACAUAAAUAAAGGUAAUCAAAACUUCUCAGAAUGGCAUGAUGAGUCUUUUUAUGUUUCAAGCCUUCAAGCAUUAACGAGAAUUCCCAAAAUAAUUCAGGAAAAAGCAAAAGGUAUCAUAUAAGCUUUCAAUU